AUGGUGAAGAUCCGCGUGGGCUUCAUUUGCGGGAAGGACACAGACUUCGUGGAGCACCCCGGCAAGGGACCGUUGUAUGCUAAAAUCGGGGACCUUGCUUUCCUCGCAGAUCUGCCAGACAAGUGGCGCGUCGACCCUGUCAGCCACGAGUAUCUGAUGGAUUGCGAGCCUGGCACGAAGGGACAAGCUCACUGCGAUGUGGCGCUGGCCUGGUUCAUCAAGAAGAAGUACAAGGACAUCGAAGUGGACAUCAUCACGCCAGAGGAGCUGACAGUCGAACGACUGCACGCGAACGACCUUAAUUUCACCAUGGGCUACAAUGCGGUGAACAUCAAGGUGGAGAACAACGCAUCUGGGCCCGCGAAAAUGCGAGCAUUUACGAAGGCGAAAAACAUUUUCCCGACGUGGGAAGCAGAGGAGUUCAUCUUGCAAAAGUCGAAUUACAUGCAGGCUUGCAUGGACGCGGGAGUGCCAAUGGCUCCAACGAUUUUUGCGAAGAAGGGGAGUCGCAGCCCGACGGGGCUGAUGAAGCAGAUCAAGGAUCGCGGGUGGAAGACAUUCGUGAUGAAACAAUCCGAAAGCGGGUUCUCCUUGGGGUUUUGCAAGUUGUCCGUCGAGCAGUGCGACGCCGACCCUUCAAUUCUGGCCACAUACUUCAAGGACUACGCCCAUUGCCCCGAGUUCGUCGUGCAAGAAGCCAUAGACGGAUUUACUCGCAAUUGGGAGACCAGAUGCUUCUGGUUUAAUGGCAAAUUCUUGUACGCCAUCGCGAACAUUGCAGCCGUGUCGUCGAAGGGCUCGAAAGAGAGGAUCGUCACCGGCGACGACAUUCCCGCGGAGUUCUUGGAGAACGCGAAGAGGAUCGGCCGGCAGGCCAUCAAGGUGCUCCCAGACCUGAAGACAGGCGGGGCGCCCGUGAAGAACGUGCUGGUGCGCACCGACGUGGGAUGUUCGGACAGCCAGCUCCACGAUAAGUACACGAAUUGGGACCCGAAGAAGAAGACCUUCUUCCUGAACGAGAUCGAGCCCUCGAGCACUACGUAUUUUGUCCGCUGGCUGAAGUUCGAUUGCAUCCCGAUGUACGCAAAGCUCUAUGCUGAGAAGGCCAGGGAGAUUUACAGGGCCAUGAAGGCCAAGAAGCCUGCGACGACGCGCGCCGGCUCGAAGACUGGCAAGGUGAGGGCGAAGCCUGCAGCGUCCACAAAGGUGCUCAAGACGGGGAAGCUCAAGACCAAGAAGUGA